AUGUCUCUCUCCCCCCUCCCUCUUCAUGUCUCUCUCCCUCCCUCUUCAUUUCUCUCCCUCCCUCUUCAUGUCUCUCUCCUCCCUCUUCAUGUCUCUCUCUCCCUCCCCCCUCUUAAUGUCUCCCUCCCUCCCUCUUCAUGUCUCUCUCUCUCCCUCCCUCUUCAUGUCUCUCUCUCUCUCUCUCUCCUCAUGUCUCUUUCUCUCUCCCUCAUCAUGUCUCCCACAGUUGGGAAGGUUACGACACAAUCUAAGUCUAUUCAUAUCUAUCUAUCUAUCUAUCUAUCUAUCUAUCUAUCUAUCUAUCUAUCUAUCUAUCUCAGUCUGUUCAUAUCUAUCUAUCUAUCUAUCUAUCUAUCUAUCUAUCUAUCUAUCUAUCUGUUUCGGAUUUUUCAUCUUUCUCUUUUUCUCUCUCUGUAUCUGUUCAUAUAUAUCCAUCUGUUUAUACAUUAUUCUGCUUAUUCAUAUCUAUCUAUCUAUCUAUCUAUCUAUCUAUCUAUCUAUCUAUCUAUCUAUUAUAUACUACAGGAUCCUGCAUCUCUAAUGUAUUUUACUUCUUCCCUUUUCUUUUUCUCCCCCUCUCUUUUUUGUAUUUUAUCUCCCUUUUUGUUUUCUUUUCUCUCUUUUAAUUUUCUUUCUCUUACUUUGUCGUUUUUCUCUUCCUCUUCCUUUCUGUCUCUUUAA